AUGCCACUGCCGACCCGCCCUGCAUCUGCAAUGAAGGGUUUGAGAUGUCAAACAGCCAGUGCGUUGGUGAGUUUCCUCCUUCUCACCCUCUUGUUUCUUAACCUCUUGUUAUUCUCUUGCCUCUCGUUCUUGCUUCUCACCCUCUUACCUGUCAUUCUUGCUUCUCUGGCUCUUUCUUCUCACCGUGUUGCCUCCUCUCCUCCUUCCUCCUCUCCCUCUUUCUUCUCUUCCUCUUCCUGCUCUCCCUCUUUCUUCUCCUCCUCUUCCUUCUCUCCCUCUUUCUUCUCUUCCUCUUCCUUCUCUCCCUCAUCCUUCCCUCGCUCUUCCUUCUCCCGCCCGCCCUUCCAUCCCUCUUCCUUCUAUCCGUCUUCCUUCUCCCCUUCUUCCUUCUAUCCCUCUUCCUCCCCCCCCUCUUCAUUCUCUCCCUCUUUCUUCUCCCCCGUUUCCUUCCCUUUCUCAUCCUUGUCACCCUCUUUCUUCUCCCACUUUUCCUUCCCUCCCUCAUCCUUCUCUCCAUCUUUCUUCUCCCACUUUUCCUUCCCUCCCUCAUCCUUCUCUCCAUCUUUCUUCUCCCACUUUUCCUUCCCUCCCUCAUCCUUCUCUCCAUCUUUCUUCUCCCACUUUUCCUUCCCUCCCUCAUCCUUGUCACCCUCGUCUCCACUCCCGUCCUUCUCCCCUCUUGCUUCUCUAUCUCUCCCCCUUCGCACCCUCUUGAUCCCUCCCCUCCAUCCCCUCCCCCCCCCCCCCCCCUCCCUCCCCUCCCUCCCCUACCUCCCCUCCCUCCCCUCCCUCCCCUCCCACCCCUCCCUCUCCUGCUGCCUCACCCAGCCGCGAAUCCCUGUGCGGCUGGCGGCAGUGUGGCAAAUGCGGUGUGUGUGGUGA